GGCCCGCUCGCACCCCGGCCUCGCCCCCCACCCGCCUGGGCCCUGCGCCUCAGCCCCGGCCGCGGCCCUCAGCCCCGCCCCGCGCUCGUCCCCGCGCCGCCAUGGCCUCCCGCCCGCGCAGUCCGUCCAGGUCCGAGGGCCGUCGCGCCGGCCGCGCCAGCCCGCCGUCCCCCGUCCGCUGGGGCGCCGCCCGGAAGCGCAGAGCUGACGGCCGCCACACGACGCCCGACGCCGACGGCCCCGUCCGGCCGGACAGCUUCACCACUCCUGAAGGGCCCAAGCCCCGCUCUAGGUGUGGAGACUGGGCAAGUGCCGUGGAAGAAGAUGAAAUGAGGACCAGAGUCAAUAGAGAAAUAGCACGGUAUAAAAGGAAACUUCUCAUAAAUGACUUUGGAAGAGAGAGAAAGUCGUCAUCAGGAAGUUCUGAUUCGAAGGAGUCUGCUUAUGUCGUGCCAGCUGACUUAGAGACGGACGAAAGUGUCCUCAUGAGAAGACAGAAGCAGAUCAACUAUGGGAAGAACACCAUUGCCUAUGACCGCUACAUUAAAGAAGUGCCAAGGCACCUCCGUCAGCCCGGCAUUCAUCCCAAGACCCCCAACAAAUUCAAGAAGUACAGCCGGCGCUCAUGGGACCAGCAGAUCAAACUCUGGAAGGUGGCUCUGCAUUUUUGGGACCCUCCAGCAGAAGAAGGAUGUGAUUUGCAGGAAAUACACCCCGUGGAUCUUGGGGAGAUGGAGACAGAAUCUGCAGGGAGCAGCUCCGAGUCCCAGACCAGCUCUCAGGAGAACUUUGACAUGUACUCUGGCACACCCACCAAGGUCAGACACUUGGACUGUGGAGUGGGCGAUGAGUUUGAUUUGGAAGCCUGUUUGACCGAGCCCUUGAAACCCUUCACGGCUACGAGCUGACGGGUGCCCCCUGGAGGCCACUGGGAGCAGCCGGCUUGUCACGGCCACAAGCACACGUGGAGAUGGCGGUUUCUGUUCACAGCAUUGUUGUUUCUUAGACGUUAAUUUUAUGUGGUGUGAAUAUAUUUGGCAUGUUUUACAUUGUAAAUGGAACUUAAUCCAAGGAAAGCUGAACUUGCGACAUCUAAUGGCUUGAUCACUCCUUCUUCCAAGUGCACUUGAACCGGCUGCCCACGGGCAUUUGAGCUGUUUUGCUCCAUGUCGGAGGGUGGAACUGGGUUCAGCUGGGACCAGUCGAGCUUCGCUUUGUUGGUAUCUUAAGUAUUCAUAGAACCAGCUGCCUUUAGGGCUUCUGACCUCCUGUCAGUAUGCCCAGGUGGCAGCUUGGCCCUCACACAGCAUUGAACAAAGCUGUUAGGUUACCAGGUCUGUGUGCAUAGUGCUGGGUGGGUCUUUACAGUCUUCGGGUGGGUCUGGGAACACUGUUUCUUUUUACUGUUCGUUAAUUUACCAUGUAAAAUUGCUGUAAAUGAUAAUGUGUACAGACUUGUUCAGAUACUCAAUUUUUAACUUGUUAAGACUUAUGUUUCUAUUGCUUUUGUAUGGAGUGAUACUGCGCAAUAAAGAUGAGAACCUUGA